AAUGCAGGCCUUGCUGCCAGACGUGAUGCAGCUGCUGCGGGCUGCCAAUGCAGAGCUCCGGGUGAAAGCGCUGCUGCUCUUGCACAAGGUAAUGGGUCAACUGAAGAAGAAGGAGGCUGGCCCCAUCGCCGUGCAGCUGGCCGAGCAGCUCCUGCCCUUCUUUGUCGAGGGGCUGAGCCGGCUGAGAGAGCUCUCCAUCAGCGUCUUCAGAGACCUGAUGAAGAUUGUGACAGGCAAGCACAAGAGCCAGAUGAAGAAGAAAGUGCGAAGGGGCUUAGUCCCACUCCUCUUCAGUAUGAGCGACCAAAGCCAGAGUGUGGCCCAGGCCUCUGGAGAUGCCCUGGUCACGGCAGCAGAGCUCCUCAGGUGGAAAGGGCUCAGACGCCUGGUGCAGAGUGAGGAGACAGAGAGGAUUGGAGAGUUCUUGCUGGUGAAGGACAAACGUGGGACUGAAGGGUACCUGAACCAGAGCCUGCCGUACCUGCAGGAUCCUCAGGCCCCGUUGCGAGAGGCGGCCGUCAGGUUCAUCGGGCUCGCCGGACUGAGGGGCCAAAGCCAGGAGAAGAUGUCUGAGGUCCACAGUGCUCUUCGUCGCGUGUCUCUUGAAGACAACGAACCCGCCAUCCGGUCCCUGGCGCUUCAGACCAGCUUCAGCCUGAGCUCUGCGAGGGAGCAGUUGAGAUCAAGAUGGAGGCUGGGAGUGCUGAAGUACUUCCAAUGAGCUGGGCAGAGCUGCAGCUUGCCUCAGGGAACCUCUGUCCUUU